GAGCAGAUUACAAGCUGAGUUUUGCACAGACAGUGCGGGGAGAAGAUUGCACAGCUACGGUUUGUCACUGCCGAGUAUAACGGAGGGUACAGCAGACAGUGAGCAGAGAACAGCUGCCCUGGGAAGAGAAAAGCAACAACAGAAUACGUUCGGCCGACUAGAGCUGUUGCACGAUUCAGAGGUGAAAGUGUAUAGGGGGUUCAGAAAACAGUGAAACUGCGAUUGCGACAUUGUUUACUUGUAGAAUCUCAUACCGGCAUGUCUGCGAUCCGGGAGCCCCGUCGGACCUUUUUAACUCAGGUCUUCCUGUGCUGUUUCUACAUGAUUCUGCUAGUGAAAAGUGCUGUUCAAGCUGGUCCUAUAAAAAAGUGCUAUGAAAUUGAAAUGUAUCGAACUCUGUCCAAGCUGGAUGAUUUGAUUAACAGCCAAAUCGAGAUAGACAAAAAAGUUAUAGAAGUGAAUUUACUGCAGGAAACACAUGGGAUGAAUAAGGCAGAUGCUUGCUUCGUCCGAGGGUCAGUGUCACAGCUUCAUGAAAUUUUCCAACUGGUGAAAUUUAAACAACAUUCUCCCCACAAUACUUAUAUAAAGAAUAUUGUUGGUGUUUUCAAUAACCAUAUAGCAGAAUGUAUGGAUCUUAUAAUUGACGAUCAAUUUAUUGAAAUACCUGAUAACUGCAAAGCCACUCAUCAUUUUAGUCCUACUGAUUUAUUGGAAAAGGUGAAGGAGCUACUUUUGAAAGCUCAGAGCUUCACAAAAAACAAUGACAUACUUUCUGAUAAUUGCGAGGAAUAUUUUGCGGUCUGUGAUAUUAACCUAGCAGGUCCCCCUCAUUGGGAAAGUACUUCCCUUGUCACCCCUGUUGAUCAUUUCACCGCCAGUCAAAAGCCCCAAAGUGAUAUGCCAUCAACUAAUCAUACUUCUCAUUCUUCUAUGGAUAUUAUAGUGAAAUCAUCUAACAGUUACCAUGAUAUGCCAACAAGAUCAUUGGGGAUGCCACAAACCACCAAUACCUCAUCAGCGCCCUUGAAUUGGAUGACAAAAGAGCAUACAGAUAAAAAUACAAAUCUGACAUAUACAGAAAUGGGGGCUAACAAUAGCAAUCUGAAUAUUUUAGAAAAUAAAAUAUAUACACCAAAUGCCAGCACAAAACCUCCUCAUACUAGCAGCACAGCACCGUCUCAUACGAGUGCUGAACCUCCAGGUACCAACACUGAAAGAUUAGAUAUUAGUACUGAACCUCCAAACCCUACCACUGAACUUCUUCACAUUGACAGUGAUCUUUCACUUAAUAGCUCAGAACCUCCACAUGCUGGUACCAAGACUCUUUAUGCUGGUUUUGAUUUGCUUCCAUCUAGUACCGAGCACCCAUCAGUGGAUGCCCAGCAUCUUAAAGAUAGCACAGAUCCUCCAUUUUCUGGCACGAGUCAGCCACAUAUCAUUAGAAGUUCCUCCCCUCAUUCUCAGACUCAGCUUUAUAGCACAGAGUUUCCAAGUAACAAACAGUAUUUAAGCAAUUACAUGAUGCCUCCUUCUUUUGAUGAAACAACUGUUUAUGCUAACCUAGUAAGCCCUGAUAGUAUAACCGAUUCUGCUUCAUAUGUUAAGUCCCCUUUCACUAUGGAACCAGAUCUGAAAGUAUCAGUAGCCCAGACCCCUGACAGUGAACUUCUCCUCCAGAGCCCAUCGGAUUUCCAGUUUGACAUAACUCACAGAGGAGCUUAUGACUCCUUAGAGGAUAUAACAGGAAACGUGGACUCUGGCUUACAUUCCUCUGUAAGCAUCACCACAAAGAUGGGGAGAUCAAGUCUAAACACUGCAAUGGAAACUCAAACAUUUGUUACACUCUCUUCUACUGGCAGUGGGGAUUUCCCUCUGAACAAAGCUACAAUGACAGUGUCUUCAGAUGAAAAAAAUAGAGAGCUAGAGGACAGUGGCCUUGGUUGGGCAGCCAACACACUUGGCUUGAGCCCUAAGAACACUGUAUCUACCAAAAAUGAACUUCCAGUGACAUCCCCAAUACAGUCUAUUCAGCCAAAAAUUUCAUUAAAUAAAGAGGGGCAGCUGUACCACCAUGUUCUGCAAUCAGAAAUACACAUCAUGCCACAUGAAAGGGAAAAUGGGGUUGCAGGCCCCAACUAUGCUUCUAACAAGCUCCCUGUUAUUGAAACAGACCAGACAUAUAGGAAAAACAGCGAGAAUGCAAAGGACAGAGGAUACCUGUACAGCCUCAUAUCAUGCAUCGUGGGAAUGCUGUUGUGUUUGAGUGCUAUGCUGUACCUAUUGCACAAGAACAGGAUACUUAGGAGACAGCUUCACGGAACACAGCACGACCCAGAGGUGCCAGAGCUGAGGCCUUUGCAGACGCAACAGCUUGAUGUGUGAAGAACUAUAUAUUUACUUACCAUUUGGAAAAUAAGGAGGACCUUCGUGGUGGCAUCUCAUCCAGGAACCAUGCGCUGGAGUAUUUUGCUUAGAUUUAACCUUCAACCAUGAGACUAACAGACAAGUCUGCACACCCUGAUAGCUGUAUAAUCGCAGGCUUUCAACCAUAACCAACAAAGUCGCUUAUAAAAUGGAAAAGCUACAUUUCAUCAAGAAAGAAAGCAGAAUUCUUGCAAUGAUGGAUGGAGAUAUACAUUUAUCUGGAUAUAAAGACCAGACAAAAUUGGUGAAUAAACUAAAGGAAAUUCUUAAGGUACGCUGUGAGAAGUGAAGGUGGCCACUAGUAUGUGAAACACUGCUCAGAUCAUUAGACAUGGAAGGAAUGGCCAAGCUCAGUUUUGACUACUGUCUGUAAGAUAUAUGGUGGCAAAAAAGAAAAUGACUUAUUUUUCUACCGGACUUAAAGUUUUGCCUUGUAUUUCAAUAUCUCUAACAUAGGACCAUAAAACUGUUGUUUUUCCAUAACUUUGGCACUUGUUACAACCUAUGGACACUUAAAAUAUGGAUUUUUUUAGAAUUAACAACUGAGAUGUAAAUUCUGUUUGAGUUGACAACUGGGCUAGUGGAGCACAUUGUCUUUUAUGCAAUUCUGCUCCCUCACCACAUGUAGGAAGAAAAAACGCUUCCACUUUUAUAAUUUGAAUCUAGAGCUGAGCUCUUAAAGAAACCUUGGUCAUUCUGUGCUGGUCACAGAUUUGGAGAGGGACUCUUUAAAGUUUUGAUAGGAUUUUAAAGCUUUUGUUAUGUAUUUUUUUACUUUAACAUUAUGACAUUUUUAUUUUUAAAGAGGUUAAUUUAAGUAAAUAUAUAUUUAACAAAUAUU